AUGCCAAAUCGCAAAACACAUCCUAGGCAAAGUGAGAUGCCAGAUGAGGAAGCAAAUGUAAAUAAUGGAAUUUUCAGUAAAACUAAAGAUUGGAAAGAAGUUAAAAGACUAUCAAGACUAUCCUAUCCAGAGUUAAGUAAUGACAUGAGAGAAAAGUUUGCAGUAAAACAUUUAAUUAAUGCUAUUGGUAAUAAAGACAUCAUGUUCUAUGUAAAAGACAAAGAACCAAGAGCAUUAGAUGAAGUAUGUCAGCUAUAUGAGAAAUAUAAAGUUUUAUCAGAUGAUGGCAAGAGAAAUCAUUCGAGAUCUUUAGUUCAGAUAGUUCAAGAUAAUGACGAGUUUGAUGACAAGAAAUCCAAUGUUGUUAAACAAGAUGAUCCAAUUACAAAUAUGAAUAACAGAAUAGAAAAAUUGUUCAGCAUGAUUGAUGAGAUUAAACGAGAUAAGUUUGAAAACAGAAAUAACAGUCAGAGAAAAGAUUUUAACAAUAAGUUUGGAAAUAAUAAUUUCAUCAGAAACAACAGUGCGAUUGACCAAAGAAAAAGUAGUUACCAGCAAAAUAAUAGAAACUUCAGUCAAGCGAACACUAAUAACUUCAGGCAAAAAGUUGGUAGUUUUAAAAAUACGACAAGAUUAAAUCGAAACGUACAAACAGUAAGAACACCCUCCAAAUGUAACCAUGAUAAGGAAGCAUUAGUUCAUGUAGAAGCUGUAUUUAGAACUAAACAGUUAAAAUGUCUACUAGAUAGUGGUGCAGAUGUGAAUCUUUGUCCAAAGAAGUUUGUUGAUGAUUUGAAAAUUUUGAAAAGUUAUAAGGAAUUGUAUGCAGUUAAUAACAUGGAGUUAAUAGUAAACGGAACAAUUACACUGCCAUUAGAACUUAAGUAUCAGAAGAUUUUUACAACUUUCUAUGUGUCACCAAACGUUGAUCGUAUAAUUUUAGGGAAGAAUUGGUUAUAUGAUAACAAUUGCAUUUGGAAUUUUGGAAGAAGUAGUAUUGUAAUAAACGGAAAAAGUUACAACCUCGUAAAAUCUAGACAAGAAACAGAUAUAAGAUACAUUUCGAAAGUUACGGCUGUUAUUCCACCCCGCAGUGAAAUGUUCAUUCAGACGUUUAUAGAAAAAUCAAAUUUGAAGCCUUUAGGACAGGAUACAGCAUGGUCAACUAGCAUAAAUAAAAUCAAAACCAAUUUGAUAACUGCAAGAUCAUUAAUUGAUGUCAAUAAACCGUCUACGUAUAUUAGAGUAUGUAACAUAUCAGAUGAAAAAGUUGAAAUACCUAAGGAUCAAGUAAUCACCAAAUUACAUGAAGUUGUUGUAGUUGAUGAUAAAAUUCAAGAAUCAAAUAACAAACCUACCAAAGAAUAUGAUGAGACUAUAAACACAAUAGUUGAUGAGGUACAUUCCAGUGUUCCAGAUAAUAUUCUUAGUAACUUGAGAAAGUUGUUGUUGAAGUAUAAAAAUAUUCUUUCAUUAAGCGAGUUUGAUUUAGGAAGAACUAAUAUAACGCAACAUAAAAUUGAUACCGGAGCAAACAGAUCAUUUCGCCAAGCUUUAAGACCGCAACCUAGAGCACAUCUACCAAUCAUUGACAAUUUGUUAGAAGAGAUGUUACAGCAAAAAGAACAGAAAGAAAAUUUAACACAAGCAUUUGAAUUAGUGCGAGAUCAUUUAAAGAGAUCAGUAGAAAUAACUAAGCAUAAUUAUGACUUAAGAGUAAAGAAUAAACAAUUUUUAGAAGGACAAAUGGUUUAUUAUUAUAAUCCAAAGCGCACUAAAAAUAAGUAUCCUAAGUGGACAAUGACAUUAUAUGACAUGAUUUCAAAGAAAAUAAGUGAUGUAAAUUUUGAGAUUAAGAAGUGUAAUGGUUAUAAAACCAUUGUCGUACACAUAAAUAAAUUGAAGCAUGUAUAA